AAAAAAAAGUACACAACUCAAGGUGUGCUCACCAUGAAGACUCUCCUGAUUUUCGCCGGGCUUUUAGCCUUAGUUUACACCUUACCGAGGGUUCCCCAACAACCCAUCAUUUCUGGAGUUCAAAAUGUCCAAGAAGUUAAUUUGCAAAAAAUUGUUUUAAAUCUUCUGCAAAAUAUUGACCAACCUAAUUCUUCCCAAGAAAUUGAAAAGAUUGGAUUAAAUUACGAUAUUGAAGCUAACAUUGAAAAUUAUAGGAAUCCUCAAUAUGUGGUUAAUUUCUUCAAAUUAUUCACCGUUGCCGCUCUUCCUAAAGGCCAAAUUUUCUCGAUUUUCAACCAACAACACCAAAGAGAAGCGAUCGCCUUCUACAGAGUUCUUUAUAACGCUGUGGAUAUUGAUACUUUCUAUAAAACUGCCGCGUGGGGAAGAAUGUUUUUGAACGAAGGAUUAUAUCUUUACUCAGUUUCUGUUGCUUUGGUACACAGACCAGAUACUGCCAAUAUCGAAUUACCACCAAUUUAUGAAAUUUAUCCUUAUUAUUUUUACAACUUUGAGGUUUUCCAACAAAUCCAACAACGUCUUGGUUUAUCUUUGAUUAAUUUGCAACAACGAUCAUAUAAAUUACCUUAUUAUUUUGGUAAAUAUAUGAUUAAUCAACAAUAUCAAGGACCAUUCCAAUAUCAAGGACCAUUCCAAUAUCAAGGACCAUUCCAAUAUCAAAGACCAUUGCAAUAUCAAAGACCAUUCCAAUAUCAAGGACCAUUCCAAUAUCAAGGGCCAUUCCAAAAUCAAGGACCAUACCAAUAUCAAGGACCAUUCCAAUAUCAAGGACCAUUCCAAUAUCAAGGACCAUUCCAAUAUCAAGGAUUAAAUCAAUACCAACAAGGAGUAAAUCAAAAUGAAAUUCCUGUUCAAUUACAAUAUGGUAUCCGCCAAGGAAAACAAAUUCCAGUUCAAUAUCAAGGACCAUUAGGACAACAAGGAUCAUAUCAAUGGCUUGAAGGAAUGUUGCAAAAUCAAGUUCCAUACCAACAACAACAAGGACAAUUAUUUGGAAGGAAAUCGAGGUUGCCAAAUUAUCAACAAAUCUUGCAACAAUCCAUUCCUUCGUCGCCACAAUAUUUCCAAAGAUACGUACAAGGUCAACAAUACCAAGGAGUUCCAUCUCAACAAUACGAACAAAGUUUUGGACCCCAAAAUCUACAACAAGGAGUUCCAUCUCAACAAUACGGACAAAGUUUUGGACCCCAAAAUCAACAACAAAGAGUUUUUGGCCAACAACAAAAAGUUUUUGGUCAACAACAAGGAGUUUUAAAUCAACAAGGAAUUUAUGGUCAACAAGGAAUUUAUGGUCAACAAGGAAUUUAUGGUCAACAAGGAAUUUAUGGCCAACAAGGACCUUUUAAACAAGAUGUUUUCGGCCAACAAAUGGGUCAAAUCCCGGUCAGCCCAUACCAAAUUUAUUUACAAAGAUUACAACAACAAGGACAAGAAGGUGUUAGCCCAAUGAUAAGUUACUUAAACAACUUGAAAAGCAAAUUAAUUAGAAGCCCAGUUGUAAAUCAAUAUCAAGGUGUUGGUGUUCAGGAGAGAGAAAAAGUUCCCCUGUGGCAAAAUUUUGAUAGCGAAGUACUCACAAUCAACGCUGAAUACUCCCAAAUCAACCCACAACAAAACCCGGAAACUUUAAUGAAUUAUUUCACCGAAGAUGUAGGAUUAAACGCUUUCUAUUAUUACUUCAACAUUUAUUUCCCAUCGUGGAUGUCCAACGAAGAAAUUAACUUUAACACUGAAAGACGUGGUGAACAAUUCUAUUUCAUCUACCAACAAUUAUUGGCUAGAUACAAUUUGGAACGCAUCUCCAACAACUUACCAGAGGUACCACUUAUAAAUGUUAGAAACCUCGUAGAAGCAGGAAUCCAAUCGGAAUUAGUUAACCCUAACGGAAUUCCAUUCCCAAUUAGACCAAACAACGCUCAAAUCCCAUCCCCAUCAAGAGUAAAUGAACAAGUUUAUGACAACUACACCAUGGGGUUACAAAAUAUGCUUUCUUAUGAAUCAAGGUUCAUGCAAGCAAUCGAUUCUGGAUUUGUUUUAAACAGAGAAGGAAAAUUGGUGCCGAUUUUUGAACCCCAAGGAAUUGAAAUUCUCGGCAACUUAAUCGAGAAUAACCCAGAAUCAUUAAACGCAAGAUAUUACGGUGAUAUGUUAUCGAUUGCUAGAAAUAUUUUGGGAUACUCAAACAUUCCAAUUAAUCAAAAUGAUUUUAUCCCAUCCGUAAUGGAACAAUUAGAAACAUCUUUACGCGACCCAGCUUUCUACCAACUCAUUAAAAGAAUGAUGUAUUUCUUCCAAAGGUACCAACAAUACCUUCCGAGUUACAACCAAGAACAACUCUUAUUAAACGGAGUCCAAAUCCAAGAUGUUAACGUUGACAAAUUAGUUACUUACUUCGAUACCUUCUAUUCCGACAUUUCCGUCGCUAUUCCAUCUCAAGUUCCGGUUCAAAUCAAACAAAAAAGAUUGAAUUAUUUACCAUUCAAUUACAAUUUGAACGUUGUCAGUGAAAAAUCAAUUCAAGCUGUUGUAAGAGUUUUCUUAGGACCUAAAUUUGGAGUUAAUGGCCAACACAUCGAUAUUAACCGUGAACGCUUAAACUUUGUGCAAUUAGACAAAUUCCAAACCACUUUAGUACCUGGAUUAAACACCAUCCAAAGAAACUCUCUUCAAUUCAAUGGAGUCGUCCCAGAACGGACCACCACCAAAGAAUUGUUCUUACAACUCAUUGGAAUCCAACAAGUUCCAGUAAGUCAAAGAAUUCCAUUGGGUAUCCCACAACGAUUACUCCUUCCAAGAGGUACCCCACAAGGUCAAAUUUACCAAAUGUACUUCAUUAUCACACCGGAAACUGUUGCGAAAUCAACCGUAAGAAGCGUUUUACAACAACAAAUCGUUUUACCUAUGGACGUCGUUUACGAUAACUUACCCCUUGGAUAUCCAUUCGAUAGACCAAUCGAUGAAAGCGUCUUUUAUGUUCCAAACUCGCGUUUCCAAGAUGUUGUUAUUUACAACGAAAUGAACCCGGUUGGGCAACAAGGAGAAAGAUUUCCUCAAAACCCAAUUGAAAUGUAAAAAAAACGAAUUGAUUGAUUUGAUUGGAUUGUUCAAAAGGCUAUGUAUUUUUUUUAGUUAAGUAAAGAUUUUGUUGCAUUUUUA